AAACUUCAAAAUCAUCUGCAGAAAAGUUGAAUCGACGAAGAAGCCAAACGCAGAGGCAAAAAUAUGUCAGGGCGCGGCAAAGGUGGCAAGGGUUUAGGUAAGGGCGGAGCUAAGCGCCACCGUAAAGUGCUUAGGGACAACAUUCAGGGAAUCACUAAGCCGGCGAUUCGCCGUCUAGCUCGUAGAGGCGGAGUCAAGCGUAUCAGCGGUCUGAUCUACGAGGAGACCCGCGGUGUUCUCAAGAUAUUCCUCGAGAACGUCAUACGUGACGCCGUGACCUACACGGAGCAUGCUCGCCGGAAAACUGUCACCGCCAUGGACGUGGUCUAUGCCCUAAAGAGACAGGGACGCACUCUCUACGGUUUUGGUGGAUAAUUGGAAUUAGGAACUACUUACGUGUAAAUUUGUGUUUUCAGUAGUUUUUUAUGGCUUAUUGAAUGGAUAUUGAUUGUUCCAAUUAGCUAUUCAGCGUUUUGAACGGCUGUAGCUUUAAGUUGUUGGAUUUAUCUUAAAUCUAAUGUUUCUGUUGGGUUCAAGCAAGAUAUUUUGGAAUUUGGAUUUAAGUUCGUUUUUGUGCAA